AUGAUAUUUCAAGUGAAUAAAUGCCAGUUUCGACAAGAAAUACCAAAAAGAACAAUGAAUACUCUUUUUAGUAGUUUAUUUGUUGCAGUAGUUGUGUUUGUCUGUUUCGAUGUGGCAAGCGGUGUACCGGAGCCCCGUGACAUUGGGGAUGAAUCAUCUAAAGAACGGGUAGUAUUGGAUAAAAAGCCUGCUACUUUAAUUAGCAUUUCCGUGAAUCAAACACCAACGCAGAAGCCAAAGAAAGUAGAAAUGCAUGACGAAAAACGACAUAAAAGAUCAUCAUCAUCAACUUUAAUUAUCGGAUGUCCAAUUGUUUUCACUAUUGCUCCAUUUGUUAUUUCAAAGUUCCUUCUUUGA